AUGGACCCAAAGCAUGCUUUCAAUGAGAUCGAGCUCGACACCUUCAAUGGACUCCUUACUCGGUACCCAGGCGUUGUGCCCUCUGGCUUGGCAGACCUCGAUCAGGAGCGGCUCCAUACCGUCCCUGAUACGCUACAUGCACGCGUAGACCGCGGGCUCAAGAAACACGAGCUUGUGACGUUGAUGGACUGGAAGCUCUCUCAUGGCAAAUUUCGACCUUCUCUCAAGAAGCUCAUCAACGAGAACGAUGAAGAACAAGUACUAAAGACAACCAGUCAUGCUUUCGAGCUUUACGAACAAGAGCCAGAUGAUAUUAAGAAUGUCAUGUCUCAACUCUGCCAGCUCCGUGGGGUUGGACCCGCAACCGCCUCCCUGAUCUUGAGCGUACAGAAUGAGACUGACAUACCCUUCUUCUCCGACGAGCUAUUCCGCUGGGCCUUCUGGAACAAGUCUGGGUGGGAGCAGAAGAUCAAGUAUACUGCGAAAGAAUAUAUCGAGCUAUAUACUCGCGUACAGGAGUUUCGAAAGCGUCUGGAUGUUCCUGCCUUGAGUGUCGAGAAGGUGGCGUAUGUGCUGGGCAAGACUGCAGUUGAACCUACCACAGUCGCCAAACCCACCAAGAGGACUGCGUCUGAUGUCCAAGUAGACGACGCUACGAAUGAGCCUGACAAGUUAUCUUCAAGAAGCCGCAAAUUGAGGAAGCGGAAUGUGAAGUAA